UUUUCAGAGUAAUAAAUUAAGUGAGAGCUGUUAUCCCCGUGGACUAUACCAGAAUCUAAUCAAUUCUAGUUGAACCACGUAAGAGUGUGUUCUUGUUCUGUUUUCUGGUUUUGUGUAAGAGCUGUGUUGGAGUAUUUUCUGGGUUUUGUGUAUUCUGGUGUUGUUGUUGCAUAACAGAGGAUUGCUCAGUCUUUCCACUAUAUGAAGAAUCUGAUACAACAAUGGAGGAAUCCGAGUCAAAGCGAGACUGGUAAACCUCUUCUCUUUACAAAAUCCUUUCCUCUCUCUGCUCUUUCUUUUCUGUAUACAGUUUCUCUCACUAACACACUCUCUGAUUUUCUUCUCUCUUUCUGGGAUCUACACAACACUUUGGGAGCUCUGGAAUUUUUCUUGUCAGCUUGGCUUCACGAGAGAAAUGACCCAGAUAUUUAUAGAUCUGAGAAGUAAAGAGUGUUCUAGCCUUUGUUCCUUCACUACUUUUUGUCCUUCACUUCAGGUUUGAUCAUGGCAGCCGAACUGGUAGCUGGUGCUUUGCUUUCUGCUUCACUUCAGGUUUUGUUUGAACGAUUGGGCUCUGAGGAGAUACCCCAGCUGUUCCAGGGGAAGAAGCUGAUUCUAGACCAGCUAUACGAGUUGAAGACCAUGUUGUGGUCAGCUCAUGCACUGCUCAACGAUGCUGAGGAGAAGCAACUUCGAAACCAGGAGGUCAGGAUGUGGCUUAUCGAGCUUCAAGAUGUGAUCUAUCAGGCUGAUGACUUGGUGGACAGGAUUGACUAUGAAGCUCUGCGAUCCAAGCUUGAAGAUGAUCAAUCUAGCAGCAGCAGUGCCAGCAAGGUACUCAUGAAAUUUAUGCCACCCUUUCUGUCCACAUUUGAUAAAACUGUUAAGCUUGAUUCCAUGGAGAUCCUUCGUAAGCUAAAGAUCCUUGUUGUUCAAAAAGAUGCUCUUGGCCUGAGAGAAGGUGCACAGAACAAACCUUCGCCAAGGCCACCAGCUCCUUUGGUAGAACAUGCUCAUGUUUAUGGGAGGGAUACUGAGAAAAAAAUCAUUGUUGAUCUGUUGCUGAAAGAUGAUGUUGAUAGUGGCAGUAACAUUUCUGUUAUCCCGAUUGUUGGGAUGGGUGGUCUUGGCAAAACCACUCUUGCUCGAGUUGUUUAUGACGAUGAUAGAGUACAAAAGUAUUUUGAGCGAAGAGUAUGGAUUACUGUGUCAGAUGAGUUUGAUAUUUUCAAGAUAACAAAAGAGAUCUUUGAGGGGGUCACCAACGACAAAUGUGGUUUUGAAAACAUCGACGAACUUCGAACGAAAUUGAAGGAAGCAUUGAGGGGGAAGAAACUUCUCUUUGUUCAUGAUGAUGUUUGGAACGAGUCUUAUUCUUUGUGGGGCACACUGAAGAGUUCUUUUGAGUCUGGAGCAAAUGGAAGUAAAAUUCUUGUGACUACUCGAAGCACAAUUGUCGCGUCUACCAUGGCCACUGGUCAGGUUCAUCAUCUACAAACUUUGUUGAAUGAAGAUUGUUGGCAGUUAUUUGUCAAACAUGCUUUUGGAAAUAAUUUUGACCAGAAUAGCAACAGAGAUCUGCAAGCACUUGGUAGAAAAAUAGUGGAGAAGUGCAAAGGUCUUCCUUUAGCAAUAAAGUCUCUUGGUGGAUUACAGCGCUGUGAACAAAAUCCUAAAAAUGGGAAGACAUACUUGGCAGUGACACAUGGGAGGAAUUGUACAAGAAAGAGGGCUCCAUUCUUCCAGCUUUAUGGUUGA